AGUGAGGUUGGGACAUUCGACACCAUACAAGUUUGAAUUUUUCUUCGUCAUUCGUCAACAAAAAUAUUAAAAAGUUUUAAAGCAAUUUAAAUUCUUUAAGGAGUACAAUUAAAGAUGUUUGCUAUAAUUAAUAAGAUACUCGACUGGUUCAAGUCAUUGUUUUGGAAAGAAGAAAUGGAACUUACCCUUGUGGGGCUUCAGUAUUCCGGAAAAACAACCUUUGUCAAUGUGAUUGCUAGCGGCAAUUUCAGCGAAGAUAUGAUUCCAACUGUUGGGUUUAACAUGAGAAAAGUUACAAAAGGCAAUGUCACGAUUAAAGUUUGGGAUAUCGGUGGACAGCCACGAUUUAGAUCAAUGUGGGAGCGGUAUUGUCGUGGUGUGAAUGCUAUUGUGUACAUGGUAGAUGCAGCAGAUUUAGAUAAAAUGGAAGCUUCAAGAAAUGAACUCCACUCCUUGUUGGAUAAGCCACAACUAGCAGGAAUUCCCGUUCUUGUAUUGGGAAACAAGCGAGAUUUACCUGGUGCCCUAGAAGAGACAGGACUGAUUGAAAGGAUGAAUUUGUCAUCCAUACAAGAUCGUGAGAUAUGUUGUUAUAGUAUUUCGUGUAAGGAAAAAGAUAACAUCGACAUUACGUUACAGUGGUUAAUUGCUCACUCAAAAAGUCAAGCUAAUCGUUGAAUUAAAUUGUCUUCUUCAAAAUAUAAAAAAAUGUUUAUCGCUUUCAUUGGGUAAAGAGUAAAAGUUUUAUCAAUCAACAUCCAUUUAAGUCAAAUAGUCUCUUGUGAAUAUUAUUAAUCUUUGUAAAUGAAUAUAAGGAAAGUUCGCUCUGCGGUUUGUGUUGAAGCAUAAACUCCAAAAGAAUGAAGGAAGAAUUAUCUACAAUUUAUUAAAUAUUAGAGAUAAAUAAGAACUGAAAUGAAAAUAAGCCAUGCGCAUUCCCUGAAAUUCUAGCGACUUUCUAUGACAUUGGAAUUAUUUAAUUCCUACUAAAAUAUGUAUUUAAAUCGAUGUCAUUAUUUUAGUGAUAAUUUUGCGAUAAUUUUAAUUAUAUUUGCUUUCAUUUUAUCAAAUUUAUAAGUUUUCCAAUCCCUUUAUACCACAUGAAAAGCACAGAAAUCUCAAUGAGAAAUAUGAGUAAAUAUUAAUCAUCUAAUAAACUUAAAAUUAUUCCCAAAUCAUAAAACGAAACAUUAAUUUAAUUUCUUCAAGAUAUUUAUUAUUUUUGUUAUGAAAGAAAAGUCAGAAAUUAGAGCCAGUAGUGCCUGCAUUUUCAUCUGGCAUAAACGAUGACGUUCGCAUUAAAAACUUCUUUGGAAAAUUACAAGAAUAUGUAAGAAUUCAUACAAUUACAAGUUGAAUUGUUUUGUUCUAAUUCUUUUUAUUAGAUUUCAGAAGAUACUAAAUGAAUCAACGUCGUGAGGAAGCAAGAUAUUCAAACAGUUGCUGUAAUAGACAUAAACUCUAAUUCUGAAUUCAUAAAAAAUUAAAAUAAAGUUUAAUUCUGAUUAGUUAAAUAAAAAAAUAUGAGUAAUUUAAUUUCAAAGC